AUGCCUUCAACAAAUCAAAAGCUUUUAUUUACGCUAAUCUUUUGUCUUUACUUGAAUUCUGCUGUUAGCCGGACUUUUACCAACAGUAAUAUCACUUGCGCAACAUACUUCGGUGUUAAUAGCUGCAGUACAUGUCAAAAAACAGCAUACGGACGUUUCGAUGAAAGCGUUUCAAAUUGUUUUAAGCCAUCAGCUUUCAAUAGUACAGUUGCAUAUCUUAAUUACACAGAUGCAUCCGUUUCUGCUUUAUUGAUGAGUACAUGUGCUUUAACUUGCAAUCAAACUGCAAUAAAUUCUUUGAACGAAAACAUUCAAAGAGAUUGUCAACAAGAAUUGGCGACAAAUAGUGAUAUUAAAACAUCGACUCUUUGGUUUGAGGUAUACUCAGCAAUCCCCACUAUGCAAUCUCUGUGCAGCCAGGCUUCUAAUGGAUCUUACUGUUACCUUACUGUUCGUUCCAACAUUGAAGACUAUUUAAUGAGUUAUUUAAAGAUUAAACAAGACAUUGAUUUACAAAUGUUUCCACCUAACGCAACAGUUACAUACGGUUCACAAACAGUAGUAUUGCCAAAAAGCAUUACUUGUAGUGACUGCUUCUUAGCAUUGGAAAAGCCUUGGAUCGGUUACUUCAAAAUGAAUCCAUCAUCAAUUCCUGCUAUUCAAAGCUUAUUGGAUAAAUUUAUUAAACCGUUUGAUGGAAAUUACACUCAAUGUUCACAAAAAUCAACAAAUGGUAGCAAUGAAGUGCUAAAAGUUUAUUGGAGUUUAAUUUCUGUAUUAAGUCUAAUCGUAUACUAUUUAAUGUAA